AUGAAGUGGAUUUUUUUGCUAGACGGGGCGGAGGCAAAGAUUUCGGACAAGGUAGUUGUGGGUUCAAGUGCGGUUGGGUUCUCCAACAACUUUUGUCGUACAUUUUGCACCAAACGAUUAUCUUCAGGAAGGCAGUGUCAAUUUGACAGAAAAAGGAUUCCGAUCAUCGAUAAGGAUACAAAAGAAG